CAUGAGUACGAAUAUGAGAGGGUUGAAUACAUUUAUCACUGACAUCCGUCAUUGUUCAAAUAAGGAAUAAGAAGAGAAAAGAGUGGAGAAGGAGUUAUAAAAGAUUAGAGGCAAAUUUACAUCUCAAAAGGGAUUGGCUGGUUAUUAGAAAAAGAAAUACGUUUGGAAAUUGUUGUACAUCUAUAUUCUAGGUAAUAAAAAUAAUUAUAAUUAUUUUAUUAGGUUAUGAAGUUGACUUUGGAUAAUAGGAAUGCGCCUUCUUAAUUAAUUCUUCAAAAUUUAGUGAAAAAUAUACAGGAUACGUAGCAACUUCAAUUCUGGUGAGUGAAAAAACACAUGACUUAUUUACAUAAGUAGCAUCUUCUAUUAGAAAUGAUCUAUAAUCUGUAAAUGAAAUAAAUCAGUCAUUGGCCCUCACUAUGGUUGGAACACAAGCACCAUAGGAAUUGGUCAAUGCAUUGCAUUAAGAUGUCUAAAAGUUAGCAUUGACAGAAUCUAGAUCAACAUUCCAUGUUAGAAAGAAGGCAUGUGCUUGCUUACUUAGAAUGUAUAGAAAAUAUCAAGACAAAUUCCAACCAUCCUAAUGGGCUUAAGGAAUUUCUUAAAUGUUUGAAUCCAGGUAUAUUUAUUAAAUAUAUUCUUAUUAGACAUCCUUCAUUAGGAUUUAUGACUGCAGCUACUUCAUUAUUGGUAGGAACAUGUUAGUUAGAAAAUCCAUCAAUAUUUGAAGAUUGCACACCUAAAUUAAUUAAAUUACUUCAUAAAAUUGCAAUUUAAAAAGACAGUCCUGGAGAUUAUAAUUAUUAUGCUACUCCUGCACCAUGGUUAUAGGUCAAGAUUUUGAAAGCUCUAUCAUUUUUCUCCCCACCUCCUCCAUCAACCGAUUCUCAUCGUUAAUUGACUGAAUGUUUAACUAAAAUUAUCAAAAAAACAGAAGUCACUAAAAGUAUUAACAAAAAUAAUGUUGAUCAUGGCAUUUUAUUCGAAGCUGCAAAUCUUGUUAUAACAUAUAAUGGUGCAGUAGGAAUGGAAUUGAAAAAUGAUAUAUUAAAAUUGCUUGGAAUCUUCAUAUCAGUUAAAGAGCCUAAUCUAAGAUAUCUAGGAUUAGAAACAAUGUGUAAAUUUGUUAAACUUGCAGGAGAUUCACUUGAAGAUCAUUUAAAUACUAUUUUUAAAUCAUUAAGAGAUAAUGAUAUAUCUAUUAGAAAAAGAGCUUUAGAUUUAUUAUAUUUAAUAAGUAGUCCUAAUACUAGUUAAAGAAUAGUAGAAGAAUUAUUAAGUUAUGCUGAAAAUGGAGCAGAUUUAUAAAUUAAAGAUGAUUUAAUUUUAAAAAUAGCUAUUCUAUCUGAAAAAUUUGCAGAUAAUUUAUAUUGGUAUAUAGAUGUUGUUGUAAGAAUGAUAAAUUCAUCUGGAGAUUUUGUAACAGAAGAUAUUUGGUUUAGAAUCAUUCAAAUUAUAGUAGGAUUUUAAAAAGAAGGCAAUAUAGAAUUAUAAAAAUAUGCAGCAACCAAAUUGUUUACAUAAUUAUCUAUGCCUCAUGUUCAUGAAACUUUAAUAUGUAUUGGAGCAUUUAUUAUAAGUGAAUAUUCUUAAAUGUUAGUUGAAUAAAAUAAAGAACCAUAAAAACUUUUUGAUAUUCUCAACAAACAUUAUACAUUCAGUACUGAAAGAAGCAGAUAAAUGUUAUUAAAUGCUUUUGUAAAAUUGGCAUGCAAAUAUCCAGAAUUAAGAGAUUAAGCUAUCAUGAUAUGUCAAAUAGCUGGAGAGCAUUUUGAUCCAGAUAUUUAAUAAAGAGGAAUUGAAUACUUUUCAUUAUUAAUGGAAGAUGAUAAACUCUUAAAUUAAAUAGUUGUUAAAAUGCCUCCAUAUUCAGAAUAAGUCUAAUAAAAUAACCCAUUAACUAAGAGAAUAUAUGUAAUGGUCUUAAAUCCAAAAGAAUAAAAGGAUCCAACAUUAUUAAAUUAGGCCAGAAUUUAAGCUAGUCAGGAAAUAGCUAUGGCAGAAUAGAGAUUAUAAAAUAAACCUGAAUAACUUUAAAAGCAUUUGAGUUGGUUGAAAGCAUGUCCAUAUUUGAAUUAAUUUUAAGGUUAAAUUGCACUUGAAGGAAUUAAUAUCAUGGUUCCACCAUCUCCAGAAGAUAAUAAUUUAAAAUCUCCUUCAAUUAGUAAUUUAAAUGAAAUUAAAGUUUUAUUAACAACAUAAAUUGGAAAGGUUGUUGAUAAACCAGGGGAUCUUGUUGUUUAAUAUAAAUCUGAAAUAAGUGGACAUUUGGGAAAGGUAAUUAAAAUUUAAUAUAAUUUAGGUCUCUUUCUAAUUUGAAGGAACAUCUCCAAUUUAAAAUUUAUCAAUUCUUGUAUCUCAAACUAAUGGGAUGUUGUUCAACAUUUUACCUGUAAAAUAAGGAGAAUUUCCAUAAGUCAUGAUGCAAGUAUUAAGUUAUGAUGGAAAUAUGACUUUGCCUAUAGCAUCCAUUUUCUAUGAAUAAAAUGGAUAAUAAAAGAAACAUGAAUUCCAUCUACCAAUAUAUACAAAUAAAUUUGUUUAACCUGUUGAUAUGCCAUAUGAAAAAUUCACUAAGUUCUUUGACGAUUUUACGUAUUUUUAUUAAAUAAUCAUUAGCAAUAAUCUAAGCAAUUAAAACUAUUUUAAAUUAGAUUCUUUUAUAAGGAAUACUGCUCCACCUAAUAUCCCAAUGUCUGAAGUACUCAAAAAGGCUGGAGGACUACUUUCUGUUGGAUUGAAUUUGAAAGCGUAAUCAAUAAUAAUAUUAUUUAGAUAACCAUUCCCCUCUCUUGAAAAUUUACAAAUGAUCUGGGCUUGUGGAUAAUUGAUGAUUAAACCACCUGAACAAAAUAACAUUUUAAAUCUACCAAUUAUGGUUAUCAUUUCAUCAUUAGAUCAAACCACUGAAUUUUUAAGAGUUGGUAUUAGAUGUGGUGGAAAUGGAGAAAUAGCUAAGAAUUAUAUGAAAUUAAUAAUGCUCUAUCUGGGUUGAUC